GCACUGAUACGCUACCUUCAGCUACCAUCUAAAUCAGAUGCACAGAUACACACACGGCCUACAAGCGAAAGGUUUCGACAAAAGUCUUCUACAGCGACAGGAUUACUCUCUAAACCAGACGAGGAAGUGGUUGUCUCAGGAAGAUAUCAAUCCACCUUGUUCUUCAUGAGGAGCAUGUAUCACAGUGACUUCGCCCCACUUUGGUGUACUAAAGAAAUGUCCCUACAACUUUCUACACAGGCGGCCCACCAAAACAGA